CAAAGAACUGGGGGUUGAGUCCCCAGGGGCCAGGGCGGGCCUGCUACCAGCAAUAAUGUGCCUUGUCUUACAGCUGCUGGAAAGGUGUAUCAGCAUAAGUUGCUGGAUGGUAUAAGGUCUGUUACAGGAUUGAAACUUGAUGCUAAUAAGCUGAGACCAUUCAUGAAAUAUAUGGGUUUUAAACCUGAGGAAAAGGAAUAUGAAGACCUGAUGAACAGUCUGCCUAUUGAUGAUAAGGGGAAUGUUAAUGUGGGUGCAGUAAUGGACAAAGGGGAUCUUUUUACUGGGACAAAGGUAUCUUCAGGUAAGGCAAAAACUUUCAUUAAAAAUGCAAGAAUUAAUCUCAAGAAGAAAGAAAUCCUGACACUGAAGGAGCAUCUACCAGUUGAUGAUAAAGGGAAGACUGAUUUAAAUGUGUUGAUGAAUGAAGUUAAAACGAUUACAGGAAAGAAGAUUCAUACUGGGGACCUAAAAAAUGUUCUGAAAAAAAUGGGAAUAGAAAUCACAAAUAAUGAAUACAAAAAGCUGCUGAAAACUCUGCCCAUUUCUGCUGAUAAAAAGAUUUUUGAGAAAGAAUUAAUGGAAGGUGUGAAAUCCUUCAGAGGAGGGAAGGUUGGUAUCUGUGACCUAAGAAAUGUUCUACAAAACACGGGGUUUUCUCUUGAACCCAAAGAAAUUAAGGACCUUCAGGCUCACAUACCAGUUACUGAAGAUGAAAAGGUUGAGUUAGAUGUGUUGAUGGAUGCAGCAAAACAUUUUAUGGGAAAAAAGGUUGAAACUAGUGACCUAAAAAAUGUGCUGGGAAACAUGGGAAUCCGGAUCACUGAAAAAGAACAGUUGAAACUGUUAAAAACUCUGCCCAUCUCUACAGAUGGCACAGUGUAUAUUAAAAGAUUACUGGAUGGUUUGAAGCCCCUCAAGGGAAAAAGAGUCCAUGUCAGUAAGCUGGAAACACUUCUGGAGAAUUUGGAACUCGAGCUUGAGGAAGAGGAAUAUGAGGACCUACUAAACCAUCUGCCAAUUGAUGAGAACAAAAGUGUUGGUUUAAAAGUGGUGAUGGAUGCAGCAAAAACUUUUACAGAAGAGAAGGCUGAUGUCAGUGAUCUGGGCAAAGUGCUGAGGAAAAUGGGGCUGAUACUCACCAAUGAGGAGCAAAAGAAGCUGCUGGAAACUCUGCCCACUAACAGUGGUGGAAAGAUAUAUAAGAAUGGAUUGCUAAAAGGUGUGAAAGCCCUUACUGGCCCACGAGUCAAAAUCAAAAAAGUGGAAUCUCUUUUGGAAAACAUGGGAAUUAAAAUCAAAGAUGAAGAACUUUGGGAACUAAUGACUGAACUAUCAACUGAUGAUAAUGGAACAGUUGAUCUGAAUGAUCUGAUGGAUACAGUCAGUUAUGUCAAGGGAGAGGUGAUUGAUGUCGAGAACUUAGACAACCUUUUAGCAAGUGAGGGGAUUGAGCUCACCGAAGGAGAAAUGAAGGAUCUGAUGCCUCUCUUGACAUUUAAUGGAAAUGGGAAGGUUACCGUGAAUUCAAUAAUGGAGGGCCUGAAGAAGUUUAGACCAAAAAGAACAGUGUCUCUACAGAAGCUGAUAAAAGCUCCCAGUUCUAUUAAAGACGGAGUCACUGGCCAAAUGGCAGUUUCAGAAGUUAAUCCAAAAUUUAAGCUAAAUCCUUUAAAAGUACCUGGGUUCCACAGCAAGAGGGAUAAUAAUUUACCAGAACAUCUUCAACACAAAGAAAAGUUGAGCCCUUCACAAAUAGAAGCCUUCCAUCAUGCCUACGACUUCUUCAGCAAGGAUAAAACUGGCUGUAUUGAUUUACAUGGAAUGAUGUGCACUUUAGCUAAAUUGGGAAUGAAUGUAACCAAGCAUGAUAUCUAUAAUGAAUUAAAAUGUGCUGAUAUUGAUCGAGACGGGAAGGUGAACUUCUCUGACUUCAUAAAGGUGCUAACAGAUAAGAACCGCUUCCUCAAAGCUGUUGUUCCAGAAAAGGAAACCUAUUUAGAUUUAACUGACAACCCGGGGAUCCUAUUAUUUGAAAUCCUAUCAAAGCUUGUAGAGACUUCAGCCCUACCCAGAAAGGCUAUAAUGGAAAUAGUAAGCUAUUUCCGAAGAAAAUUCCAGGAGGCCAGUGGAGAAAUAUUGUGGAAUCCCCAUUCUAGGGAAUAUGGAAAAAGGAGAUUUAUGCCAGAUAUAUGCACACCUCCAAGCUCAAGCACCGCUGCCUUUGCUAAUGCUGCUCGGGUUGCAAUAAUGAAAGAAAAGGAUUUAUUUAAAUUUCUUGAAGAGCUCAAAAGAUGCAAUUUCCAUUCAGAUAGCCCAUAUUCAAAAAUAUCCAUCUUUCCAUUGUUUCCUAAUGUGGAUGGGGUGGUGAUGGGAAAGCCAUUCAGAGACACACAAAAAUUAGAAAUGCUAAGGAGAAAGGAGCCUCUGAAUUUCUUUGAGGACUAUUUUUUCCAUAAAAGAGACUGGAAAAUACAGGCAGCAAACAUAAAGCCUGUGAACAUUUCUUCAAACUAUUCAGAUGACAUCCUUGCCAUCAAUCAAAUACUCAAGAAAAAGCACAGAUGGACAGUGGCUGAUGCAGCUGCUAUUAAACAGCAUGUAAAGAGAGCUACAGAAAACUAUAAUUUAGGAGUUGCCCUUGCACAUCGGAAAGAAAUGUUAAAUCUCUGGCAGAAGGUACGAGGGGAUCUGAUUGGAAUAGACACUAACAAUGAGUCCUUUUAUGACACCUUUUCUACUUAUACAUGGUCCUGGAAUGUUUGCCAAGAAUUACUUUCUCCUAAGGACUUACGGUUAUAUGAUGCCUACACCAAUAAAAAUUUCCCACUUAACUCCGGAUUCUCUUCCGCAUCGGAUGUCAGUGAAUGUGACAGAGAGACAGGAAGAAAAAGAAAACGGAAAGGUUUUAGAAUGUUUCAACAAUGAAAUUUCUACAUUUCCUAAACAACUCAUCAAAAACUACUUUUUCAGUUAUCAAAAUUAUGAUUUCUUGCUUUUGUCUAGUACAUUCUUAGCAGCUGGAAAUUUUGCCAUCUUUUGGAUUCUGACCAGUAAAAAUCUGUAAGUCAUAAAAUGGUUUCCUUUCCUAAAUCUUUGAUAAGUAGAUGCCACAGUUAGUUCCAGCUACACUCUGCUGCCCCCACCUGGCAUAAAACUGCCAGGGCCUCAGCAGGAAAGUUCAAAAAACAGUUAUUCCGCGGCUUGCUACCUUCCUCAGUUCUCCGGCUAUCAGCUCCACAGUGAGGCCA